UGACAAACAAGAAGCCAUCCCAAGUCUUCAUCACCAAGGUUAAACAGUUUGAAGGUGCAUCCUGCUUUGUGAGAAGAUCUCAGUGGACUCUAGACCAGCUUAGACAAGUAAAUGGUAUUGACCCUAAUCAAGAAUCUCCAGAAUUUGACCUUCACUUUGACAAUGGCUUUGAUCAAUGGGUAGCGAGUUCGGGUUCUGAGAAAUAUACCUUCUUCCAAAUCCUGUAUCACACAUGCCAGAGAUACCUCUCAGACCAAAAGCCUGAGUUCAUUAACUGCCAAUCCAGACUGUUCUCAGGAAACAGUAUACUUCAUUCUGCUGCAGACAGUGUAACUAGUGCUGUGCAGAAAGCUAGCCAAGCCCUUAAUGAGCGCGGGGAACGACUGGGCCGAGCAGAGGAAUCUACAGCAGACAUGAUGAACAGCGCCCAACAGUUUGCAGACACUGCGCACAAGCUUGCCAUGAAACAUAAGUGCUGACACUCUUGAGUGGGAGAUCAAUGUAACAAUACCCCUGCCGAACUGUAUAUGCCAAAACCUCAGCACAAGGUUAUAACUAAGUAUAUAAAUCUCUUUAUUUUGAAUGGGACACCUAUUUACCUCUUCCUGCCACUCCCAUCGUGCUUUUCAGGCACAAGUGGUGAGGAUGCAAGGGUACAGAAUUACUCUGGGAGGAGUUAGUUCUGGACAUAAUAUGCAGGGUACAGCUUCCAGCAGCUUCUAUGACUCCACAACUGCACGGACAUCAAUCAGUGACCAGAGGAAGGAUUGCAAUCCAAGACAGCAGAGUAAAUUGGAUGGAAGAAGCAGGACACACAAUGUUUACUGUAAUAACCAGAUAUAAGUUGGCGAGCCACAAGCCUGUGUUGAUGUGAAUAAUGCCUCAAUGCUACUAAAGGAACUCUAACUGGCUGGUUAGUGGGUGAAUGGUGCUCUUCUAAGAACUGUUUCACGCUAUUUAAUGACAGGUCUCGCCCUGACCUCUGAGUUUCCACCGCAAUAUGAAGUAGUUCUGUACAGACAAGCACUUACAAAUGGCUUGCAUUGCUUAUGUGUGUGUGUGUCUGAACAUUUUUUUUAAUUAAACUUUUCUUG